AGUAAAACAAAGUUCCUCACCAAAACAGAUACUUUUGCAAAAGAUAAAACUCCUGUAUUUAUAUCAGGACUGGUUGAUGGUACCACAUGUUGGGAUGGGAUGCUGAUGAGAGGAAGGCUCUGAAGCAGAGAGGAUGAGAGGGGGUGUCCCUCCUCUGAUCGUCCAGCCCUCAGAUCUGACGUCACUGACUCAAAAGACACAAAACGAGCUGAUCGCAGCUCAACUCCCCACUCCGUUGUGGCUCACGCAGCGGCACGCACUCUCUGCAGCCCGGACCCGUCCUCAGACACGCCGCAGCGCUCGCCUGCACGCCCGCUCACCCCCCAGAGCUCUGCACCCCUCACUGACAGCAGGACCACUCUUCAUCUCCUCGUGGAGGAAUUUACUGCGACUGCAGAGUAAAAAAGGAGCGCUCCAGUUCCAAACCAGAGUCUCCUCAAAGAGCGGCAGAUGUGACAGAAGAGGGGAGGCGGAGAGAGAAACCCAAUCCCCCCCUCCACCACCUCUUCUCAUCCUCAAGAACAAUACAAGCCUCCAGCUGGAGAGGGUCAGCUUUUGUCCUUCUCCCCCGCGCCUCCCACUCGAGCGAGGAGCAGACGGCGGCGCUGACACACUGACCCUCUGCGGGGAAACAGCUGCUGCUCUCUGCGCGCCUUCAUUCAGUACUUGGACAGUUCCCGAGCAACAACAGGGCAGCCUUCAUGAGAGCGUAGAGCAUCCGGACAGAUGCAGCCGCCGGGCUCCCUCCAGCUCCACCCGGGUGGCCCCGCUCCGGCGCCGGCUUUGGAGAGCAUCGCCGGAGGCUUUCAGAAGCUGGGAGAAAAGCAGCUCUUUGAGAAGUUUUGGAAGGGGACCUUCAAGGCCGUUGCCACCCCGAGACCCGGGAGCGUGAUUGUGGCGAGCAUCACCGCCCGAAGAAGAGCCGCUGAAUCAGAAACAACAGCCUGUCAGCCGCUGAAGACCGACGACGGGGAAUCAGCGGACACGUGGGCGGCCAGCAGGCCCCGCAGCGGCUGCGUCAAAAAAAGCCGGCGAAAACGCCACAGCCACCGCCACAGAACCAGGAACCCCUCCUUCGAUGAGCUUUUGUCUCCCCGGAAAGGGAAAAAGAAAAAGCGAAAGUCUGAACGGAGGCGGAGGAAAAGAAAUAGGUCUCCUUCACACAGUCUGUCACCUCUGAGGAAGAAGAAAAAGAAGAAGAAGAAGAGCGCCAAGAAAAGCAAACGACACAGGUGUACGUCAAAGAAGUCGAAACACAGCUCUUCAAGUUUAAAGCAUAAGAGGAGGGAUGAACGGAAGCACAAGAAAAGUUCUCGGACUCACAGACGUCGGAGGCGACGCGAUCGGAGGUUGCGGUCGGAUAAUUCCUCCUGCCGUUCCAAAACAGAGGACAGAUAUCCUCUGCAAAAGUCUGUGGUUCAUCAGACUUUUAGAGACCUCGCAGCUGUUGAAGAGGAAACCAGAGCAGCGCUCCGCCACACGGACGCCAGACCUACAACCAAAUCUGUGUGUACCGCGGCUCCAAAAUGUCGCUCCGUCCUGUCGGCCUGCGCCAUUUUGCCCUCAAAUCCUGGAAAAGUUCUUUUCAACGGAAGCGGAGCUCAAGAUUGCAGAGACGGUCCGCAUGAUUACGAUUCUGGUAAUGACACAUCUUCGCCUCCGUCAAGCAAAACUGGUGUUUCCCAAGCGAGCGCCGCUGAAUACGCCAGGACGGGACGCGUGGCCUCGGCGUUCAGAGACAGCGCCUCGGAUUCAGGGAACUCUGUGACCAGCUUUGCUUCCUCCUGCAAACCUUUCGGGGAAAACAGCCUGUCUGCACCCCUCUGCAAUCAAAUCAGCAACAGAGAGCAGAUAACCUUGGGAUGUCACGUAGAGGUGGUCGGAUCAUCAGCGAUAACCAGCUGUGAAUCGCGGAGGAGGAGUUCGUCUCAGACAAAAGGUCGCUCUUCCAGCAGCAGGAGCAGAUCCUCAGGGAGUUCCAGAUACUUGGGACGCUACUCCAGAAGCUCCUCGUUGUCCUCUCGCAGCUCGUACUCGCGCUCCCCCAGUCACUCAGAUGUCAGGCGAAAAGGCAGCAAGUCCAGCCUGAGCUCCAGAGGAAGCUACUCCAGACACAGCGCUGACAGACUUCGAGACAGAAAGAGAAGAGCGGACUCCAGGGAGACGGAUGCAAAACACGGACGUAAAGUCAGGAAGCGAGGACGCCGCAAAUCCUACACGCCCAUGAGGAAGAGGAGGAGGGACUCGCCGAGUCACCUUGAAGCUCGGCGCAUCACAAGUGCCAGGAAGAGACCCAUUCCGUACUUCCGGCCGAGCCCCCCCUCCAGCAGUCGUUCCACCAGCGUGUCGUCCUGGAGCAGCCUCUUCACGCGCAGCCGCAGCCCCAUCCACAGCAUCAGCCGCAGUCGCAGCCGCAGCCACAGCUUCUCCUCCUACAGGAGCUACAGCCGCAGCUCAUCCUGGAACUCCACCUGCGGGAGCCGCAGUCGCAGCCGCAGCCGCAGUUUGCAGAACAAACGCAGGAAAACGAGGCAUUAGAGUCCGGAGCUGCGGAAAACUCUCCUUUUCUUUCCUCGUUUGGUUUCUUGUUCUGCAUCCUCCUGCAUGAACGCUCAGCCUCUGCAGAUCCAAACGGACUCUUCCCGUAUUUAUUCGUGCCAAACUGUUCAUGUGUCUGCACUCUGACCAUUAAAUGAUCCCGCUAAACCGUC